CCUCCGUCAAAUUUGGGCAGAGGAAGAGGCAGCACAGUCAAAGCAAAGGGAAGAAGAAGAAUUUAACGGUUCCCGGUUGUUGAACCGCCCCAGUCUCCACGGUGCCGGUGGCUUACACAUUGUUUUGGACUGUAUGGUCCCACCAAUCAAGCGGCUAGAAGUUACUUCACCUAGCUGACGCACCGCGAUGUGUUGACACCUUAACUUACCUCAGUACAGAUCAUUACUGCAACCAAAGACCCAGAGUGAUGGAGGAGGGCUCUGAGGUGAUGGAGGAUAUUGUAUUUCGAGGAGUGGAGUUUUCUGUGAAGAUAGAGGUGGAUAAGGGUUUACUGAUAGUCGAAAUCUCCGACUCAAUGACAGCGGAUCAGUGGAGGGGGGACUUUGACCCAGCAUACAUUGAGGACCUCACACGGAAAACUGGCAACUUCAAGCAGUUCCCCAUUUUCUGUAGCAUGUUGGAAUCAGCUGUUAGAAAGACGACUGAUUCUGUUACACUUGACCUCUUGACCUAUGCUGACCUGGAGCUGCUGCGGAACAGAAAAGCAGGAGUGGUUAGUCGUCCUCGCGGCCAUCAGCAGUCAUCUGCUCUCACUGCCAAAAGAUAUCUAAUCCUCAUAUACACUGUGGAGUUUGACAGGAUACACUACCCUUUACCCUUGCCCUAUGUGGGUAAGCCCGACCCAGCUGCCCUGCAGAAGGAAGUCAGAGCUCUGAGGGCUGAGCUCAGCGCUGUUGCAUCUCAUGGAGUUAACAAGGCUGCCGAACUAGAAAUGCAGCGGCUACGAGCAGAGCUCGCUCUGGUGAGAGAAGAGAAGGAGGCCAUGUCUAAGGUUCUGGAGCGACUCCAGAUCAGCGGAAGUGGGACCACGUCCAGACGAGAGGACUGGCAGGUCCGAGAUGUGGUGAGGACGCUGGAGGAGCAGCUUGUCAAGGAGAGGGCCAAAAGUCAACGCUCAUCGAGCAAGAGAGGCCAGGAGCAGCGACUCCUAUUGGAGCAGUUGGAGGAGCUGAGAGCGUCAGAGUGCGCUCUCCGUGUUCGUGUCAAGAGUCUCACCAACGAACUGGCGUUACUACGGAGAGGGUUAGACAAUCUAAGCGUCAGAGUGACUCCCGUGUCCAGUCACAUCAGUUCUCGAGUUGAUGGGGAAAUCUAUCGCUCUCUGUCCCGCGAGAGGAGGUCGGCAUACGGGACAGUCAGGGCUCGCUCUGGGUCCAGAGAACGGAUGGAGGACAGAGGGCGAAGGUCAGAGGAAAGAGGGAGAAGAGCGGACUCUUCAGGACCACGUGCUCGCAUACCCAGGCCGUCACCUUCUCCCACUGGGUCACGGGUGCCACGCUUUGAUCCAACAGCUUACAUCCAGGACAGACAGCGCAGGCAGAAAGAUGCAGAUCUCAAAAAACAGAGGAAGGUUCGGAGGGACAUGCUAACAUCACCAGUUGUCCCUGAGAGAGGGCGUUCACGUUCCAGAGAGGCCUAUGCUCAGAUGGCCCGGUCCGGCAGCAGAGGCAGGAGUUUAUCUAUGGAGCGGAAAGGGAGCAAGAACUCGUCUGAAAGCUCAUUAGUGGAUAUGGAGGAAAUGACCAAAGCUCUUUUCAGGGGAAGAAAACAGACUUACAAUGGGCCCAGUGUGGUGAGUGACAUGCGGAGCUGUGUGGCACAGAAGAAUACUACUAUACACCAGGCUUCAGCUAUACAGUCAGGACUUUCUAGAGGAGGCCUUUUGACGAGGAAGCCAUUAUGCAGUACUCCCACACAAAGAAUGAAGGACAAAGAGAGCUCCAUAGAUACAGGUGCGGAGCUCUCAGAGAUUGACGCCAGGCUGCAGGCACUUCAGGAAUACAUGAGGGACCUGGAUACAGGACACUAACAUCCGCUGCACAACCCGCUGCUCAAACCACACAUGGAUAUGUUACUUGACAGAUGCACAGCUUGGAGCUCAGGCCAUCAGGAUUUGUGUAGUCUUUUUAUUAUUAUUAUUUUUUUUACUGUGCACAGACAGAGGAACACGUUAAGCUCCAAACAUGAGUGAUGGGUUUACCAUGUGUUCAUGUAAGAGACUGAAACUCCUCCUUAAGGGUCAAACCUCUAGGACUUCAGGAAAACUACAGCCAUCACUGAACGUCGACUACGUUAUGUGGACUGAAGGUUUUUUAUUUAUUAAUUACUUUUUUAAUAUACUAAGUUUUUAUAAUAACUUAAGAUGACUGUAUCUUGAAUGCAGUGUUAUCCUUUCUUUUUUGUAGACCUCAACUAAACUACUUACAUGGCUCCAUGAAUGAGUCUGAAUAACUUAUUUUCAUCCUUUACUCACUUGUUUAACUUUCUUUCCCUUUUUUUUUUUUUUUUUUUAGUAAAACACAUUUCAUCAUUGGGAAUUGUAAAGUGGUUUGUAAUCUUAAGAGUGCAACAUAUGUGUUCUUUUGUUGAGUUCUCUCGCUGUGAGUGUGCAUCUGCUCUACCUUUCUAAACACAUUUAUGUCAAUGGGUGUGAAAGUAAUUGUGUGAUAGUAGAACAUGUUAACCAUGUGAUGGACUAUUGUCUCUUCCGCCCAGUGCAUGCUGGGAUACAUUCCAGCUCCUGUACCCUGAAAGGCAAUACGCAAGACUGACUGCAUACAUGUGAUUCCAGAAGUCUGCAUCUUCAGUCAGUACUGUGUGUUCUUUCCUGCCUGAACUGAACUAAACGUUCCCAGUACAUUUAAGCAUUAUAGUUGAUAUAAUUAUAUGACCUUUUAACUAGUCGAUCCACAAAAUGCAUUCAAAUGUGGUAUUUCCUACUGUUUGAACCUAAGUGGACCUUAAUUUCACUUUGAGGUUAUGUCCCAUACUCCAGCAUAAAGAAUAUUAAUGGUGGAUACUUGUGUAAGGGAACAAUACUCAUCAAAUAGAAAUAGUUUUGGACAGACUAUGGAUAUUUGUAUUACUGUGUGUAGAGACACGACACCUUUUGUUUGAUAGUGAAACUGCCAAAUUUUGUAUGAACUGUAUGUGUACAAAGACUGUCACUCUUUUUUCCCAAAUGUAUUUUAUACCAUCUAAAAUUUAAUUUAUAAGAAAUGUAUCCUCUUUGUAAAGACUUAUUUUCCCCACAAACAUAACGAUCCAUUGAGGGCCUGUGCAGUUUAGUGCACACUACUUUCCGAUGCUCUAAUGUCAGUUGAAGUGGAGCCUGAAGGGUUUCCACCACUGCAGCUGGCUUGCUUUCAUUAAUUAACAAAUAAACUUCUGGGCAGGGAGCCUUCGUCUCAGGGGAACAACUCUGCGUCUGAACAGCUUGCACUGUUGAACACCUUAUGUUUAUGUCAUGAAGAAAGAUGCAGCACACAUUCACUGACACUGUAGCAAGCUGCACAUAUUCACAAGAUGUGCAUACAAUUUCAGAGGGUGACAUUCUUGAAAAGACGAGAAAUAAAUUUCCUUUGCAAAACAUUAGAAA